AUGGGUAUACUUGAUUCAUUAAUUGAAUGGCUUGGUUUUCGUCGACGAGAAGUUAAUGUUUUAGUUGUUGGUCUUGACAAUAGUGGUAAAUCAUCACUUUUAAAUAUUUUACGUCCACAUGAAGCUCAAACAAAUGAUUCAACACCAACAGUUGGUUUUAAUGUAGAACAUUUUUCGUUUAAUGGACUUUCAUUUUCUGCAUUUGAUAUGAGUGGACAAAGUCGUUAUAGAACAUUAUGGGGAAAUUAUUAUCGUACAACAAAUGGUAUUAUAUUUGUAAUUGAUAGUUCGGAUAAAACACGUAUUCUUGUUGCUCGUGAAGAACUUCAACAAUUACUUUCACAUCCGGAUGUAUCAAAACGUAAUAUUCCUAUUUUAUUUUUUGCUAAUAAAAUGGAUAUACGUGAUGCAUUUUCAGAUGUAGGUGUAUCAUCUGCAUUAAGUCUUGAGACCAUCACAAAUAAAUCUUGGCAUAUAUGUUCAAGUAAUGCACUUACAGGAGAAGGUGUUGUUACUGGUAUUGAAUGGUUGAGUUCAGCAAUUAAAACUUCAUUCGAGCAAGGAAAAAAAUAA